AUUCCCGAAUGGUAUAAUAAUAUGGCUUGCUCUGUUCCAGCAUCCCGACGGUAGAAUGCAAAACGGAAGGGAGAGGUGCACGGGGUCCUGGGGGACGUCCUGCCCCCCUCUUACGUUCCAGAACUCUGCCAGCCAUAGUCGCGCCCGGUUUGAGUAUCCUUCAGGCGCAGAUCGAUGCUCGUUACAAUGGUACGUUGAUAAAGCCGCAUCAACUGGUUUAUCCGUCCCACCCGUGGACGGUGCAAGUUCGACGAAACGUGGCAGUACCGCCUCCCAUUGCACCAAGUUGCUCGCGCCGAGGAUAUCCUUCACGGACGACACGAUAGAACGUCGCGUCUCGGACUCGGGCCCACCAACCAGAGAAUCCUCGAAGGAACACUCGACGAGAAGCGGGAGGCUGAGUACCUCCAGCAUCGGUGGUUCUCAACCUUUGACCAGAUUGGCGAGGCUCUUGAACCAAAGGCCAAGCUUCGUUCCAAGCGAUGAAAUUCCACGACGGCUCUCCUGGGAAAGGUAUGUCAACGAAACCGACCGUCGGAUUCUUAAAACUACGAGGGGGGAGGGGGGAGGGGGGAAGGAGCCACCCCCAUCGAUUCGAGGGCAAGGGAAUCGAUCGAAAAGGGAAAAAAACGUUACGUGA